AUGCCAGCCAUCUCCACCGGGAACGUGCUCAUGACUGGAACCAACGGCUUCAUCGGUUCGUGGGCGCUGAAAUUGUUCCUCGAGUCGGGCUUCACUGUCAAAGCUCCUGUCCGUAGCGAAGGCAAGGCAUCCUACCUCGAGAAGGUGUUUAGCGCAUAUGGCGACAAGCUCGAGUUCGUAAUCAUCCCGGAUAUCACCAAGGAAGGAGCUUUCGACGCAGCCACUGUAGGCGUGGACGCGGUCAUUCACAUCGCUUCCCCCGUAGGCCUCGACGCAGACCACCCGGACGAACAGAUUAUCCCCGCCGUCAACGGUACCCUCGGUGUCCUCCGCUCCGCUGCCAAAGUGCACUCGGUCCAGCGGGUGGUCUAUAUAUCCUCUUGCUCCGCCGUUUUGGAUCCGACAGCGACUGGGCCGAGAGUAUAUAACGAGAACGACUGGAACGAGCACGAUGUGGACACCUGUCAGAGGGAGGGUCGCGCGGCUCCUCAGCACGCUAAGUACUGCGCAAGCAAGACACUUGCGGAGCGCAGCGCGUGGAAGUUCUGGAAAGAGAACAAGGAGAAGGGCGCGAUCGGAUGGGACCUGGUCUCGCUCUGUCCGCCUUGGGUCUUCGGGCCGGUCAUCCACGAGCACGAGGGAGGACCGGACGGCUUGAACCCCUCGAAUAAGGCACUCCAUCAGGAAAAACUCCCCGCGCGAAUUCACAGAAAAUUAGUGCUAAUCCAUGCAUUUAUCGACGUGCGCGACCUCGCGCAGGCGAUCUUGCUCGCAGUCACUAAGCCGCCUGCGGGCGGUGAGAGGUUCAUCGUUGCUGCUGCCCCAUUCAGGUGGGAAGAUCUCACGCACGAAGUUUCAGGGGGCAAAACGUAUCCUCCUGUCGGGUCAUAUAAUCCUAAUGCUCCCUAUAUGGCAAGGAAAAAUGUGGCGAAGGCGAAGGAGCUCCUCGGAAUGGAGUAUCGCACCCAGGAGGAGACGGUUAAGGAUUUGCUCAGAGAGUAUGAGGAGCGAGGGUGGCUCUAG